AACAAGGAAGCGAAUGGCGGAAAUGUAGAGCCACCUCACGCUUUCAGUUAGUAAUUUCUGGAUAUAGCUCUUUCUUUUCUUCUUAAAAGCACAACCGAGCCCAGAGUCCAGCAGAUGUCUUCAGGCGAAAGCACUACGCGGUUCUGAAGAAGCGAUGCGGUCGCUUUGAGUCGCCUGACAGGGUUUGUAAAGUGGAUGGACGGAUGGGCAGUCAGUGAGCCAGCUGAGAGCGUCCUGUCACCGACAGCCUGCCAGUUUAAACACCGACAUAUGGCCCUGCCGCUCAGUUAGCCGAGGGAGACGAGGAAACGACGCGAGCAUCAUGUUUCUGAAAACAUCGUUCACCACCCUGAUCGUGGGGGUGUUUGUGGUCUAUGUGCUCCACACCUGCUGGGUGAUGUACGGGAUUGUGUACACCAAACCCUGCAACAACCCCAAAGGUGCCAACUGCAUCACACCCUUCCUGGCUGGGAACCCCAAACUGCAGCUGAGCAUCUACACCACACUGCGGUCGAACGCAGAAGGAGGCCAUACUCUGAUCCACAAAGAGGAGAACUUUGAUGUCAACAGCAAGUUUGAAAGGACAAUCAAUGUCUCCCUACCUAAGAAAACUCGUAAUAAUGGAACUCUAUACGCACUAAUAUUUGUCCAUCAAGCUGCCCACGAUCCGUGGCACGAUCCACGACAAGUUCACUUGGUUGCUCAGCUCACCACGUACAUGGUCCCUAAACCGCCUGAAAUCUCUCUGAUAUCUGGAGAAGAUAAAACACAGGGUCAGAAAGAAGGCCAGCAGAAGAAGCCGCAUGAUGCAGCGGCAGGGGGCGGAGCCAGAGCUGGAGCCACCUCUGUGUCAGACCAUCCAGUUUCACACUGGCGCUCCCGCCUCACUGUCAACAUUGUCGGCGACCACUUCCUCUUUGACAGAGAAUACCUCCCAAAUGAUGUCCACAGAUACCUCAGAGUGUUUCAGAAUGGGAAGAAGGUGGUGUAUCUACCUCUGCUGUUUGUUGAUGAGCUCAGCAACCGGGUCAAGGACCUCGUGGAGAUCAACAGUACCACUACAGAACUUCCUCUGAUCAUCUCCUACGACUCAAUCUCUCUGGGCAGACUUCGAUUCUGGAUCCACAUGCAAGACGCCGUUUACUCUCUGCAGCAGUUCGGGUUCACGGAGAAAGAUGCUGAUGAGAUUAAAGGGAUCUUCGUGGAUACCAACCUGUAUUUCCUGGCCCUGACUUUCUUUGUAGCGGCUUUCCACCUCCUCUUUGACUUCCUGGCCUUCAAAAAUGACAUCAGCUUCUGGAAGCAGAAGAAAAGUAUGGUGGGAAUGUCCAGCAAAGCAGUGCUGUGGCGAUGUUUCAGUACCAUAGUGAUUUUCCUCUAUUUGCUUGACGAGCAGACCAGUCUGCUUGUCCUCAUACCUGCAGGGAUCGGCUCUAUGAUUGAAGUUUGGAAAGUGAAGAAAGCCUUUAAGAUUCAAGUUUUCUGGAAAGGAGGCAAACCCACAUUCCUGUUUGGAAAGUUAGAUGAAUCUGAGAGGAGAACGGAAGAAUAUGAUACCCUGGCCAUGAAGUAUCUCUCAUACCUCCUUUACCCACUGUGUGUCGGAGGGGCAGUGUAUGCACUAAUAUUUUUACGAUAUAAGAGUUGGUACUCGUGGCUGAUUAACAGCUUGGUGAACGGUGUUUAUGCUUUCGGGUUCCUCUUCAUGCUUCCUCAGCUAUUUGUCAACUAUAAGCUGAAGUCUGUUGCCCACUUGCCCUGGAAAGCCUUCAUGUAUAAGGCAUUCAAUACCUUCAUCGAUGACGUGUUUGCCUUCAUCAUCACCAUGCCAACGUCUCACAGACUGGCCUGUUUCAGAGAUGAUGUGGUGUUUCUCAUCUACCUUUACCAGAGAUGGCUCUACCCCGUGGACAAAACAAGAGUAAACGAAUAUGGAGUGUCGUACGAUGAAAAACCCAAAGGGAAGAGUCACUAGACUCGGAGGAAUUUGCUUUUAUGAUCUGGAAUCUGUGGGUAUUGCCUUGUUUCCACUGGUGUCCACUCAUCUUUAUCAACUGGAAUGAGUUUAAUGGUCAGGGGUACAUUUUUGUUGUAUAUGUUCCAGGCACAUAAAUGUGCUUAUGGUUCGGACUUUUUCCACCCUGUUAAAAAUUGUUAAAAGGGCAACAUCAUCUUCUGCUUCGUCUGACAGUCUGACGAGGCCUUCUUGUUUUGUUUUGGGGGUUUUUUGGUGGGGCGGGGGUUAGUUACAGUGUGUGUGAUGGGACACAGUGACGAGCUACAUCUCUGGCCCUUUCAGACUGACGUAACAACCUGAAAAAAUACACUUAUAAUGUAAUUCUUGUGAACUGCUUGCAAUUGUAUUUUGAUUUUUCCAGAGUUUUAAAUGCACAAAGGAAUCUUUAUAAUUCUUAACAAUGCUGCGCUCGUGUUUUGAACAAGUUGGAUUCAGCCUGCUCCGACAGCUGGCAGAUGUAGUAUAUCUACGAGCUGCAGAGAAAGAGCUGCUUUGCUCAUCUGAGAGCUUUAUUCAGUAAGAAGACAUAAUCCAGUGGCUUGUUGUAUACCUACCAGAUAAGACAGCAUUCAAGUAAAAUCAAGAUAGCUGUGUGAUGGCAGGGAUAGAAAGACUGUGCUGUGACAAAAAAGGAGGGAGUGUGGCAAAGGUGAAGCAUUCUGACUGAUGUUUCAGGCAGCUCAAUAAUAUUGUUCCAGACAGUCUCAGAAAAAUCAGGCUGUAGUCAUAAUUGCAGCUUUUGUGCUUAAGUGGCCACUAUUUCUAAAUUGGUAGCUGGUGUUUAUGGUAAUUGGAAUAUAUAUGAAAGCUGCAAUAAGCAAAGGUAAGCCAUACAGAAACUAAAAAUGAUAUAUUGUUAGCUCUGUUGAAUAUGUAAAUUAUCAGAAAUUAUGUUCAUUCUUUUUUAAGCAUUUCUCAUUAACUUGGCGAUCUGGCUCUUAAAAAAAAACCUGUACAAAUUAUAUCCAAAAUGAUCACGUGCAUACAGUUGGCAUUUGUUAGUUCUGUGACAAAGAACGGUCAUGUUUAAUGCUACAGUCACACUAGGGAAAACAGUAGUUGGAGGCCAUGGCACGACCAAAACCAUUCUGCCGGUGUUCUGUAAACUUGUAAGUCAAAGUGACUUUAGAGCAAGACGACGACAAAAUGGCAGUAAGGCCAAUAAGACAGUCUGCUAUCAGUUUGCAACUGAAUAGGAUCCAGUUGGCAAUUACAUGCAAUCUGCUUAUGAAGAGAUCUGUUGAUAUCUGCUACAAAUUCACAGUAAACCCUAGCAUUCAGAGUCCGGCAAGUGUAAAAUGGGAAUUCCUCCAUGAAUAGUGACGUAGUUGAUGUAAAGUAUUUACAUUUUUGUUGUCUUUUUUUAUUUCUCCUAGUUAAAAGAAAGUCGCUGUCCUGCUUUUACUCUAGUGUGACUGAGCUGUAAAGAGGACCUGUUAUGCUCGUUUUCUAUUACACACACUGUUAUGAUGUAAAUGUUCAUAGUAAGAGAUAAUUAGAUAAACACAUUUGAACGUAAUCUCUGAAUGGGAGAAAUGAAACGCCAAAAGCAUAACAAAACGGUUUACGGGACUUUUUUUUCUACUUUCUUAUUAAUAUGAUGAUAUCAGCUUAUCAAGAAGAUAUGCAGACCUGUAUACAUAAAUUGACGGUAAUUAAGUUUGCUUCCAGUAGCUUACUUUUGCUUCCGCAAAGCAAACAAAGUUGCCAAAAUAAUAAAAUACGACGGUAUGCAUGACAGCUUAAAUAGCUUAUUUCGCACAAUGUAAAAUUUCAAAUCGACAUAAUAAGUAUGCUUUUAAAGUGAGAAUAAACUGUAACAUUUGAGGGCAAAAUCAAAGAAAAUGGGAUUUAAAACAUAAACGUUUAGAAAUCCAAAUUGGAAAAGUGAUGCAUUUGAAUGUCUCACUUUUCAGUUCUGCUGAAGAAGCGCGGAUUGUUACAUAAUUCCGUUUAUUUGCCAGUAGAUGGCAGGAGAAUUUCACUAGAGGCAGAAGAGAAAGUUGUGAUCUGUUGCCAUGGAGAGAAGAUUAAUUGCCCAAGACAUUCCAGAAUCUUAAGCUUGAAAGUUCCACAAUCUGUGAAGUUGAGUUCUGUAUGUUUUGUGUCUCUGUAAAUGGUACUGACUGUUUCAUGACAUUGUACCACACUCGGUACCACUGACAGUCCUACUGUCUUUUCCAUCCAUCUUCUUUUUUUUUUUUUUUUACAUAAAUGGGCCAAGAAAAUCUGCUAGUGCCAAAUGUGAGAAUGAAUAAUGUUACCAUUGUACGUUCACAAUGGAUGGUACAUCGGAUCUUUUGAAUAAACACUGACAUUGUGAGAGAGAUGAUGACGGAAAUAUUUAAACAAAGUAUUAUUACACUGAGUUUAUGCAGUCAAAAUUUGAUUUAUUUGCCCUAGUUUGGGGUUUUUCUUUUUUUUUAAGACUUUAAUUGAAAUAAUGUACUUAACAUUCAGAUAUCAUGAUAUAUUAGGUCUGUAUAUAAAGGUUCUGCACAGGAUUUAUGUUUCUUAAAAAUAGAGUUGGCAGAGAUUUGCCUUUAAAUUGUUUUACUUAUUGUAAUGUUUGUGUUUUUGAUUGAGAUGAAAUUAAAAAAUAAC